GCUGAUAAGAGUUCAAUAGCAACAGUGAUGUGCAUCACUCUUAUGGGUGUUUGUGCAUGUGUGGUCUUCUUAUGGGAAAUUGAUGUGCCUUAAACUGGAGAAUGAAGAUUUAAUUUUAAAAACAUUCACAGACAAAGAAAAGGAAAAAAAAAAGAUAAAUGAGGAGCAGGAAACAAACUGACGGAUGAAGUCAAAGAGAAGGAGGUUUAGUGAGGUGCACGCUCAGCAAGAAGAAAUCGGUUUCUUGCAAAUCCACUAAUUUGCACGAUUAGAUUUCCUUAAUGAGGCAGAUGCACGCUGGUCUUAGUAUGCUAAUGCGGCUUACGGUCUGAUUUUAUCACUGAGCGUUGCCGCGAAGAUCUGGUCCCACUAUGACACGAGCGGGAAACACUAUUAGCCGCUCCGACUCUGACGUUGAUUGGGUUGUCAGAGGAGCUAGUGAAGCGGGAUGCAAAGAAAUGCAGGUCAGGACUGCAGACAAAUAGAAUUUGCUUUCUGUGCUUCACACUUGUCAUCAUGAUUACAUCUGGGACAUGAAAAGCAGCAGAACUACAUCCAAUCAGUUCUGAAACCGGAGGCAGAGGGAAUAAAUUCACCAGUUCAGCUGAGAAACAACAGGACCCAGCGGGCUUGUUAAAGUGUGCUGGAGUAUUUCAGCCACAUCUCUCCAGUAAUGACCUGCUUUAAAGUGUCCGCAAUAAUGUCACGCUUCCCGGUGCAUUUUUUUUUUUGCAUUUUACACACUCGAGACGAAAUGAAGCAGAGGUUAGGAUGUUUCGGACUAGGAGUCUGCAGCUCGUAUAUGCCACAGUGAGGGAGAGGAUUAGAGCUGCAGAAGGUAAAUUUAACUUUCACCUUAUCUAGCUUCACACCUGGAAGCAUGAGCAGCACAGCAGAGCUCCGACUGACACCGAGCGCUCCCAUAUGGGAUCACCUGAAUCAGCAAAAUCUCAACUCAGGCCAGGUUUUAAAUAUUCAACAGGUGGUUCAGUGAUACAAGGUGUUGUACUUUUAACACAGGUGCCACAAUCUUCACUUUGUUUUUGUUACACAAAAGUGAAGCCUGCAUUUUUGCCACAGUGUCAACAGGCGGUAGUGAAAUUUGACAGACUUUUUUCUUCAGAUUGAUUUGGUAUUAUUGCUGCGUUCCAGUUGUACUUGGAAGUCGGGAUUUCCAAGCUCCGAGUCAGAAAUUCACCUGGAACGCCCUCCUGAAGUCAGAUUUCGUACUUCAAAAGUCGGACGAUCCUCGCCAGCCCCGACUUGACGACAACGUCAUAAUUCAACAUGGCAGCGCAGAGCAUCAACAGUAAAAGCUCUCCUAUUGUAUUAUUUUUUAGCACUUCUGUUUUGUUUUUGUGAGAUAAAAUGAGUCGUAUAUGUUGUGUUGCCCAGUGUCGAACUGUGAACACGAUGCUAUGGUGCUUGUAGAUUAAAAUACUGUAUUAUGUGUAACAACUGGAAUAGCUAACAACGGCUAACAGCUGACAACCGCUAACAAUGACUGACAACGGCUAACGACAGCUAACAACGGCUAACAGCUGACAACAGUUAACAACAGCUGACAACGGCUUACAAUGACCGACAACGCCUAACGACAGUUUACAACGGCGAACAGCAGACAACGGCUAACAACAGCUGACAACCGCUAACGAUGACUGACAACGGCCAACGACAGCUAACAACGGCUAACAGUAGGUGUCCAUCUUAGUCUCCUGACUUGUUCACUGGAAGGCAGUCAACUUGGUGUAACGUUAUUCCCAGCUCCGACAUCUAACUUCCAAGGUAACUGGAACGCAGCAUAUGAUUACAUGUUAUAUGUUUCCGAGGGUUACCAAACAAGUCCAAGAGGCCAAAUGACAAGACUUAAAACACAAUAUAACAGCAAACAUCAAAAAAGAAGAAAAAAAGUUACAAGGUCAAAAGUUAUAAGGUUGGCUAAAAGUUCUUCGUAAAGUUUAUGUGUUCUACUCUGCUUGGGAUUCGGCCUGUGCUUCCCCUCUGCUUUUUAGGUUCUGCCUCAGGUAUAAUACUCUUUAUUUGCAUGCAAACUCCAACCUGCCCCUAAGACUUAUCCACUGUUUGUAACCCAUCAUUCAGGUAUUUUGUGUCCUAUGCAUUUGCUACACAUAUCUGUCUUGUGAGUAGUGCACUUGAGCACUUUUAGAUUAGGUUAUUGUCUUAAAAUUAACAGUCACAAUAAGGAUUUCCACACAAUAUUGUCAGUGUUUAUAAAACCACUAUGCAUUUCAAUAAGGGACAGCAUUCAGUAUUCAGAGUACAUAAAGAAAUGAGCACAGAGAGUGCAUAAAAAUGAGAGGAUACCUAAGAGGGAUUUGUUUGUGGUUUUAAAGGAAUACUGGAGCAUAUUUUAUUUAUGUCUUUGCACUCAUGAGUCUGUAUCUAUACAUUACCAUACACAGAAAACAUUAUUUCUGAUCUUGAAUCCAUCGUAAACAUGUGAUGAAACAUUAACAUAGCACUGAAUCUUCUGUGGUACAUUUGAGGGACAUCCACCUCACAAAUGCUGCUGCAAAUCACAUUCAAAUUAAUGGAACAGUGCACGUAGAGCAGUGCUCCAUACAUCUCUGUCCCAGCAGCCUCUGGGGCAGAAAAUGGAGGUCAGAGCCAAAUAGGAAAAGGGUCCUUGGCAGGGAAUGUAGUGGCAGGUGCAGUGAGUGUUUCUUAACUCUGCUCGGCCUGCAUUGAAUCUUUAUAUAACACAUCCUCGCUUUUCAUUUCACUUGUGCUGCACAGGGCGACAUGACGAGGGUGUAAAAGCAAACAGGGUCAGCAGAUUCUCUGUAGGUGUCACAUGUUAGAUUUUAAAGAAGAUGUUAACUCAAACGAAAUGGCUUCAGCGGUAUUAACUCAAGUUUUUGUCUUUGUGCCAGCAGCCGCACACUGACAGCGUUGGCACAGAGCUCAGAAGAUAAAUCACAAGGUGCAAACUCCAUCAUUCUCUGUGUUUUGGCAGAUGCACACUGUUGGGUAUCUUAAACCGAUUACGUAACUGCAGAGCAGAAGGUUGUCAUGCUGCAAGUUUCCAAAAUAGUGAUACCAACACAAAACCCUCAUUACACUUUGAAUGCUUACAAUUGUCAUGCAAAUUAGCCCGGAAUUUACCUAAAUGUGUGCAAAAGUUACUUAACUUUGAUUUCAUUCUUCUUGGCAUUGUUUCCUCUUAUAGACGGGUUUCUUGUGUACAAACAACAAUAGGUGUGCGCGCAACCAUGGGGCAAAAGCCUGCUUCGGGGUAAACAGAUAUCUAUGAAGAUGCCGUAUUGUUUGCAAGUUCUCCCUGACACAAUUGCAAUAAAAUGUCAUUUCACUGAAAAUCGCUUUGUCUUUCAUUGCAUCAAAAUGAGAAAAACACUGAAAUAUCCAUGAAUUUCUCUCAAUUUACCAGGUUGUGAUGUUGUUUUAGAUGUUUCUAAUAUCAGGAGCAGGGUCGUAAUGUUGCUGAUUGUUUGUUUUUCUGAUUUGUGCAGUUUACAGCACAACAGCUCCUUGUUAAAACCUCUUAAAAACAGAAAAGGGACCCAAAAUGCAGGACGACAAAAAAAAAGGGUUAUUUCAAAGGAACAAAAACUUACUUCUAAAUGUCCAAAUCAAAAAUCCAAGAAAAAUCAAAAGGGGGAAAAAUAACCACGAGGAGACACUGAAGUUACACAGAGGCAUGGACAUACAAUGAACUGACAAAGAAACAGGGGAAGACAAGGACUAUAUAUACACACAGGGAAACGAGCAACGAGAGGCAGGUGAGACACAGAGACACAGGUGAAGACAAUUACUAAGGAGGGAAAACUGAGGAAGUAAAACAAGACUAGAAACACAGGGAAUAAACUACUUCAAAAUAAAACAGGAAACACUGAAAACUGAUAUACAGAAUAAAACACUGAGAACAUGAGGGAAAUGGGGUCAGACACAAACUGAAAACUUACGAGACAGGACUACAGGGAAACAGGAACAAUAAGGUACAAAAAAAACACUAGGGAAAAUCACAAAGAAAACACACUCCAGGAUACUCCAAGGAAUGACUAACUCAAACAGAACAUAUCAUGACAAACACAGCAUAACUCAUGUGAUUCUAAUGGUCCAAACCUGUUAAAGAUCAUUAAUUUUCAAGAUAUAACAAAGGCGCCUGUUUACAUGAAUUAUUCCACUACAAAUUUCAUCUCUGCCUGUUGACACUGUGGCAAAAACAUUAGUUUAUUUCAGCGCUUUAAACUGUAAACAUUGUGGCAGAUACUUCAAAUAAAAAUAUUCUCAUGCUGGUCUUGAGUUUCUGGAAAUAAUUUCAGUUACUGGGAGCAGAUGUGAGAGCAGCCUCAGGAGCUACCGGGCCCCAACCAUCUCUAAUAGGAAAAAGUGCAGCAAGAUCCUGUUCUUCACUCCUGCCUGCAGCAGAGCUGAUAAGUUGCUGAGUGCUACAAACUAACUUAAACCAGUAAGUGGUGGUGAUAUAGCAACAGCGUUACGAGUUUUGACAUUUGAAUCAUCCGUGCUGAAUGGUGUGUCAACAGCAGAGCUAAGAGAACAAGUAAAAAGAGAACGAGAAAAGAAAUAUCAAUAAAAAGUUCUGCAGAAGUGUUGCUCACCUGCUGACCUGCAGUGAGAAUGUUCAGUUUAACUACCAUGAGUUAAAAUGGCGAGUCUAAUGAUAAUUUCUCUCAUUAGGAAGCUCAAACAAUAAAAGCAUCACCAACUGUGAAACCAGAGUGACUUUUUUUCCCUCUGCUUGUAGAGAUGAAUCAUUUUUGUAUAGAUAAAACCACCUCUGAGUCAAUUUUUUCAUCUUUUUAAUGUCUUUUGUUGGUAACUGUUGGUAAGAAGUGGGAAAACAAAAAGUGAACAGGUGGUUAUGCAAAUUAGACCCCCUUCAGGGUGAGCUGUAAAAAGGGGGGCCUCCUCACCCUGUGGGGUUUCUAAUUUGCAUAACCACCUUUUAAUGUCACCCUUACAUAUUUCCCAUGCCAUCCUUUGGUUUAUGGUUUAUAUAAAAGGAGCUAUUUAGCAGUAAAAAGUGUCUUUUGAUCGUUUAAUUCUUUUAUAUGCCUGUUCUGUACACACUGAUUUAGAAGCACUUACCACACUGCUUGAUUUUAUCACAGGUAUUUAUUGCUCUUUGACAUGUUUAUUUUGCUGUUGGAGAGGCUAUCAGAGAUAGACCAUCCCACCUAAUAUCCUCUAUGGACCAUAAUGGGAACACAGUGGGUUUAUUGUGGGAAUUUAUUCUCUUUUUAUUUUUUUCUGAUCAAGAUCCAUUAGAUAAUCACUACUUUUUUGGCUUCUUCUUCUUUCUACAUUGUCCAAGAUAUUUAGUAUCCCAGUAUAAUUAACUUAACCUUUGGCUCCCUCUUUCUAUGGCUGAUCCCUUCUCUACUUCCCCAUUCUCCACCAUCCUCCCUCGGUCUGCUGCCUCUGCCAGUCUUCGUCCUUGGCUCUGUCCCACACGUCUGUCUCAGCAUUUAUGGAGACGCUAAAUGACCAUCUUGAUGUAGAAAACGAUAAUUCAUUGUUUUAUGAGCGUGUGCCCUGUCUUAAUAUCUCCCAUUUCUGCUCUUAAUGAAUUGCCCCUUUCUAUUUAUGAUUGACACCCACUGUGGAGGAAUAGUUGAUGCAAAAUCUGAAUGACAAUGAGAAAGCAAUUACUGUACAUUUGAAUAAUAAUGCACUUCUAUAAAAUUUCAAAAGGCAACAUGAGAAGUAAUCAUUUAACCCUCUUGGCAUGCAUAAAAUGUGCAUAAUAUGCUCACAAUGAUUGUCCAAUUCUACAAAAACGCUCCUCUGGUGAUUCAGGAGUACAAAAUAAGAGAGUUGUUUUCAAAGUCAACUCCUAAUUCAAAAGAAAAAUCACCAAAAAGUGACUAAAAUUACGAUCAUCCAUAUUUCUUUAUCCAUAUUCCGCACGUGUAUGCAGGUCAGCUGUGAUCAGGGUCCAGUGGGAGGAGGGAGGAACAGAUAGGAGUCGGGAAGCAGCUCGGUGGUUUUUGUGCUGUGCGCACCUCCCCUCUCCACAGCGCGGAGAGCCUCCUCUCGCCUGCUUGCAAUUCCUGCUCUUCGUGCCAGAGCCUGCAGCUGUCUCCAGCGCGUCCCACCGCCGCUGUUGUGGGAACUCGUCGCCCCUGCAUGACGAACCGACGGCGGACUUCUUAACCCCCUUGAAGUGUCAGCGCUAACCCGAAGGAUACUGCAACUUUUCAAACAAUUUCCACCGGUGUUAGGGGACUAAAUGAAGACACCUGACAGCUCCUAACGCCUCAUCCGUGUGUUGACUGAAAUCUUUGACUCUGUGAAGGCUACAGGAAUGUGGAAUACAAGUCACUCUGAGCGGUAAGUGUUGUAAUACGUUAAUUAUUACCGUGUGUGUUUGUGUGUGUGAAUCACUCAAGUGUUUGUUAGAGGCACGUAGGCGUUACGCAAAAUUAAGUUUGGAGCAGAUUGUCGAGUCUGUGCAUGACUGGGUUUGCAUGCAAACAGCAGCAUAUCACUUACCUGUUAUUUAGUGUUAAAGACUGUGUUGAAAUGCCAAAUUUAAGCCUCAUAUUUCCUCAUGUGUCACUGCCUGUCCUGCAGUAAAAGGACCUGCCUCCACCCCUGACACCAUGACCACGGACCUGAACUUGACCUCCCUGCUGAAUGUAACCGAUCUGCACAACCACACAAGAGGAUGUUCCCUCACCAAGACCGGUUUCCAGUUCUACUACCUUCCCACCGUCUACAUCAUGGUCUUCAUUACAGGGCUGGUGGGCAACAGCCUGGCCAUCUGGAUGUUUGUGUGCCACAUGAGACCGUGGAGCAGCAUCUCUGUCUAUAUGUUCAACCUUGCACUGGCUGACUUCUGUUACGUCCUCUCGCUGCCUUUCCUCAUCUUUUACUACUUCAACAAAACAGACUGGAUAUUCGGGGACAUCUUAUGUCGCCUUCAGCGUUUUAUAUUCCAUGUGAAUCUGUAUGGGAGUAUUCUGUUUUUGACCUGCAUUAGUGUGCACAGGUACACCGGUGUGGUGCACCCGCUGAAGUCUCUGGGUCGACUGAAGAAGAAAAACGCAGUUAUUACCAGCGCCUUAGUGUGGGCUGUGGUUGUUAUAGGUAUCUCCCCCAUCCUUUAUUAUUCUAGGACUGGCUUAAAGCGUAACGCAACCAUUUGUUACGACACCACAACUGAGGAUGAACUUCCUGGUUAUUUCAUCUACAGUAUGACUUUGACUGUGUUUGGGUUCUGCAUCCCUUUUAUCAUCAUAUUCUGUUGCUAUGGCAUGAUCGUGAAAGCGUUAAUAUGCAAUGACAUGAACAACGCCCCCUUGCGGCAGAAAUCCAUCCACCUGGUCAUCAUCGUGCUCGCAGUCUUCGCCGUCUCCUACCUGCCUUUUCACGUGAUGAAGAACCUGAACAUGCGGGCCAGGCUGUACUUUCAGAGCCCGGAUAUGUGCGACUUUAACAAUCGCGUCUACGCCACCUACCAGGUGACACGAGGAUUGGCUAGUCUCAACAGCUGCGUGGAUCCCAUUCUUUACUUCCUGGCAGGAGAUACAUUCAGGAGGAAGCUGUCACGGGCCACUAAAAAGCCGUCCAAGAAGGGGGACCACGUCCUGCAAUCUAAGAGUGAGGAGACGGCUCUGAACAGCCUGGCUGAGUUUGUGGAGAAUGGGGAACGCAGGCUGUGACAACAGUGAUGGGUGUGGACGUGUGUUAGAUUUAGAAAAGCAUGGUGGACUUUGUAAUGGGUAAAUAAAUGCACUGUGGGGUCUGAUGGCUGUGUAUCAAACAGGAUAGACGAUGGUUUUAUGGAACUGUAGGAUGAAUACUUCAUGUUUAACCCUGUAAUAACCAUCGCUCGCUUGCAGCCUGUCGAUGUUGAUAAGCUAUCGUACUGUAUUGUCCCGUACACGUAUUGUACUCUAAAUGCUAGAGCCAUCUCUUGUCCCUCUCACUGAGUGAAAGCGUUGCUUACACUUGCAAGAAAAUGAACGUCACGACCAGGGAAGCUUGGGGAAGCACUUUUUCUAAUAAGCUUGAAUCUCCGGCUCAUCGGUUUGUUGUGGAAAAAAAGAGGCGUAAGAAUGGAUAAAAUAUUUUCCAGCCACUGAGCUGAUGCUUAAUCAAUAGCUAUUAAGCAGGUGAGAGCUUGUGCUCAAGGAAGUGUACCUGAGAUGGCUCCUAGAGGAAAAGUAAAUGCACUGAACCUGAGAUUUGCUGCAUGGAUGUGCCGUGUAGACAUUGUAAUGCACUAUGACCAGGGACUCUCGACGCAGAGAGCCACCCAUCACUCCUCAUUUCUCCUUCCAUCUAUUACUGACUGAGGGGAGGAAUGUGGUCGACUAGUUUUUCAUUUUGACAGCUCUGAGGUUGAGGUCUGCGACGGCUCUGUUACCACAUUCUUUCUCUGCUUGUUAACCUGUUGUGAACAGAAAAAAAGAGAAGACAGUACUUACAGUAUUUUUGUGUAUAUACAAAAUAUGAUGAAUGUGUUUUUUUUAAGUGUAUUGUACAGGCUGUCGUGAUGUUCCACAGUAGCUUGUGUUGUUGUUGAUUUGUGUUAGUAUCACUGUUCCAGUUCUUUAGUGCAUGAGUCAAGUAUCAAAAAAACCACCAGUGACACACAGACUAACCACAGACAGUUGUAACUACUUGUAAUUUUGCAGUAUUUGUGAUAAAUAACACACACACACACACCCAAUCACUUGCUUUGCGACUCCAUCAACAUAUUGAAGACUUGUUUGUAUGAGAUACCUCAAAGUAAAUUCUGCACUGUGUCAUGUUUUGGCAGGUAAUCAUUUCUCUUUUGUACCACGUCGUCAUCGCUCUGGAGGAUUGAUUGUGGCGCUCUCUCUGUACAUAUUUUAACCUGGACUGUGUAGCUGUUCGAUGUCAGUACUAAUACAUUUGUAAAUCUGUAAUGUGGUCAGCUGUUGUCAACAAAAGGAAGUGAAUCAUCUGUACAGGAUAUUUGGGGCCACGUGUAUCUUUGUCAAUAAAUUUUAUAUUUAAAACAUGCCAGACAGUUUAAUAUGACUCACUUAAUUCUCUUGAAGGGUUUGGCUCUUUGAAAACUCAAACCAGCAAUUGCCCUCUAAUGUAUUACAUCCAGCAUUAUCUUCACAACAUUACUGAAAUUACAGAAAGUCUAAUGUGCAAAACUACAACCAUAUUGGAUCUGAAGUGGUGUUGGAGUAACUUGAAUACCAGUUUCAGGUGAUAAUGGUCAAAUAGCAGCCAUCAGUCUUCUUAAAACAAGCAUUAGCAUCCUAUUAGCGCCAAGUAUUGAUGGCUGCUGGUGUUGAGCGUUGACCAUUGGUUUUUUAUCUACUCAUUUGGUUGGUCUAUUUUUCCUAUUGGGCGCCAGCAGGUGGAGUUUGGGGUUGUGGCAGUUUGGUGCUAGCCUACGACACAUAACGAUCGUCUAGCAUUGUCAUAUCCAAACGAUUCAAACACUGAUUGUCUCGUAUGUUCUGAAUUCAAAGUAGAUUUUUUUUCUAAUCUCAGGUUGUUCACUAGACUGGCUCAUUCAUGGUGCAAAAUUGCCCCUGCUCCUCCACAUGCCACAAGCAGCAUACAAAUGUAAGUACAACAUUAAGUAUGUGGUUAAAAAUGGCUACAUUGUUGUAAAACUACAACCCAAUUCUUAUUGCUGUAGUUCUAUCUAUAGCAAGACAGGUAUACUAGCUUAGCCUCUGUAGCUUAUGCUGCAUUCGAGUUACCUCAGAAGUCAGAUGUCAGAGCUGAAAAUGACGUCACACCCAAGUUACCAGCUUGGUUACCAGCGUUUCAGUUACGAGAUCAGAUAAAAACAAAAUCAGAGGCGGAAACAAGAUGGCUACAUACCUUUUCCGAAUAUAACAAGGUCAAGGCAAGCGCUAAAAUAAUUUUUGUAGAUGUAGCCAUCUUGUUUCCGCCUCUGAUUUUGUUUUUUUUCUGAUCUCGUAACUGAAACGCUGGUAACUCGUGCGUGACGUCAUUUUCAGCUCUGACAGCUGACCUCCGAAGUUAUUCCAACACAGCAUUAGACCAGAGCUAGGCCUACAUGAUUAAGUCAGUUUUGAGGAAGAGUGUUGUUGUUUAAGUUAGCCAAAAAUUAAGCUAUCAAAACGCUGCAUGUGUAUGCUAAUGACUACUAGCUUUAAGAGGCUAAUUCAGAUAGAUGUUUUCUUCUUCAGUUUCCUGCUUUGGUUGUUAAUCAGACAGCUGUAACAUAGUUUGAGCAGCUUUUUAUCAAACUAUUAUCAUGCUUGUUGUCAAAUGUGUCAUUGUUGUGAGCCAAGCCGAGGAGAUGUCAGUCAAAAUGUUUUCAGCUGUACCCACACAAAACUGUCUUCACAGGAAAAUGAGAUGUGCUCGAGCAAGUUUUCUAACAAUGGUGAAGACUUUAGACUCACAUUCUGCUCAAUGAGCUCCUUACUUUCAUUUAUAACCUAUUCAUCUUAUUUCUGUUUAACUCCUUGAAAAAGUACUUGUUUCCUGGUUCACUUCAGCGGCUGCAUUUGUUCUUAAGCGUGCUCUGGCGUGAGCGAGCAGACGUUGGUUUUUGAGACUUUCGUGCAGUCGAGUUCUGCCCUCUGUUCCUCUUUCUUUGCACCUCUGUUGACUUUAUUUUUGAGCACAGCCAAGGGGGAAGUGAUGGGGACGAGGCAUGAAUAAAGAGUGGCACCUUUUUUUCUCCUGGCCUAUCCUGAGACGGCUUUUGUGUCUGUCACAAUGGUGCAGCGUUAUUGAUGCAGACAGGGGUGUGAGGCUGUCGCCAGGACCCCACGGCUGCACGCUGGUGUGGGCACAGGAAACCAACCGACCCUCUUCCUCCAAACAGCCCCCGUGAAUACAAACGGCUUUUGAUUUCCUGCCUUUGGGGUGCCAACUGCAUAACUGGCCUUGGCAAACGUGUGCGCGUGUAUCUAUGUGUUUCUGUGUUACAGAGCCUGAAGGCUGCUGAGACCUUACUCGAGUAGGUGGCUGUUUCGGCGGUUAUUUUGUUUGUUGGCUAUUUGAGACUUUUUUUCUUUUUUGGUUAUUCUUGAAAGGUAUUAGGAUAAUGAAGUGGACCGCAGGAGUAUUUAUAUGCAUAUAAACCCGUUUGAAUGAUGAAAUAUAUAUCCUUUGUACACUCAGCACAUGUGGUUAGAUGAAAGAGAGGUUAGAUUGAGCCGGCGCCAAAUCCCAAGCCAAC